UCUGCCUAAUUGUAGUUGGAUGUGAUAGAAAUGUUAUAAAAAACAAUAAUCAAUCAUUGUUUUGAAGAAAAAAUGGUCAAUAUUGCUUCUUUGAAUCUGGAUGUUAUUAGCAUUGGGGGUUUGCCACUUGAAACUAUAUAGCACCAUCUCUUAUCUGGAAACAGGAAGGGUUGAGAGAUAAGGUUUCUUAUCGAUAGCUCUGUCAAUAAAGGUUAUAGUGACGUCACCAGGGCUUAAGAGGGAAAAUGAGUUCAUUAUCUUUAAUGUUAUUUUUCACUAUCUUUAAUGUUAUUUUUCCAACUGAUAAACCAAACAAAUUGGUAUAUUCUAGAAUUCUGAAUGUAGGAAAUAGCAUGUUUUAACAGCUAACAUUCUCAUAGUUAGUGUCUGUCACACCUUUUUUGGCUUGUUGACCAUCUAGAGGUAACAAGUUGUAUUCGAAUUUAAUGAAACUUUAAAGGUAUGUUUAUAACUUUAUAUCCCAUGGAUCUUAAUUCCUUUCGAUAUUAGCACACAUCGGACCGUAACUUUCUGGAUUAUAAGUUAAGAUUUGUUUUUAACUGGUGAACCCUCUAGCAGUCACAACUUUUAUUUGAAAGUCAUUUAAAUAUAUCACUGUAACACCAUGACCAUGAUUAAAUUUGAAUUUGGUUAAAAUUGGACCAAAUGUUCCUGUCAAAAUGGCCGUUCCACUACAAAUAGUGUAAAGCAUGUAAUAUGUGCACCCCCGUAAAUAGUGUUAAGGAGCAAAGGUUCUCAGAUCAAUUUGAUUUUGGUGUGCAUCGGACCUUCUGUGAUGGAGUUAUGCCCCUUACCUUUUACUCAAAUGCGAAAUAUGUACAAGGUCUGUGUAUUCUCCAGAGACGAUAUUAUUUGUCCAUUUAGAUGAAACUUAUAGUACACUGUAUGUCGUAUGCCAGUCUUCAUUAACCCAGUUCGGAGCAAAACAGUAGGACGUUAAACCCCAUUUCAUUUCAUUUCAUUUGAUAUAGAUGAAAAAAGUUACCAAGACCUGCUAUCAAAGUCACAAAAACAACAGCAUGAAAUCAGGGAGCUGAAAGAUCAAUGUUCAAUGUUACAAAAAGAAACAGAUUUUGAAGUCAAAAAAAUGACAGACCAAAUAUCGAGGACACAAAAAGAAAAAGACUGUGAAAUCAAUGAACUUAAAGACCAGAUCAAAGAGCUCAACCAAACACUGAAAGGUGUUGGUAUAUUUACAGAUUUACAACAGACAACUACGGCCAGUUUUACUGAUCCACAACAGACAACUACGGCCAGUUUUACAGAUCCACAACAGACAACUACCGCCAGUUUUACAGAUCUACAACAGACAACUACCGCCAGUUUUACUGAUCUACAACAGACAACUACCACCAGUUUUACAGAUCCACAACAGACAACUACCACCAGUUCUACAGAUCCACAACAGACAACUACCACCAGUUUUAAAGAUACACAACAGACAACUACCACCAGUUUUACAGAUCUACAACAGACAACUACCACCAGUUUUACAGAUCUACAACAGACAACUACCAUCAAUUCAAGUGACAUAACUGAUGAUUGUGUCUCAUCUGGUACUGGAAGUAAACCAGGAUCCAUAUAUUUAACAUUACACUUCGCAUGUCAAAACGGUAAUAUAAAUGAUGUAAAAUAUCUAAUUGAUACUGGGCAUGAUGUGAAUCAGCUGGAUAAGAACAACAUGUCUCCCAUAUUGUACUGUAGUCUAUCACACAUAGAACCUGUAGCUAAACUAAAACUGAUUCUUACUAAGGGAGGUAAUAUAGAUGAUAAAGAUAGUGUUAAUAGAAAGGUUUUACAUCUGGCAUGUUUAUAUGGUAUACUAGAAACAGUAGAAUUUAUAUUACAAGGUAUUGAUAUACACAGUAGAGGAGAGCAUAACACGUCACCUAUAUUGUGUUGCAGUCAAUCUAAAAUAGAACCUGUAGCUAAACUAAAACUGAUUCUUACUAAGGGGGGUAAUAUAGAUGAUAGAGAUAAUGUUAAUAGAAAUAUUUUACAUCUGGCAUGUUUAUAUGGUAUAUUAGAAGCAGUAGAAUUUAUAUUACAACAAGAUAUUGAUAUACACAGUAGAGGAGAGUAUAACACGUCACCUAUAUUGUGUUGCAGUCAAUCUAAAAUAGAACCUGUAGCUAAACUAAAACUGAUUCUUACUAAGGGGGGUAAUAUAGAUGAUAGAGAUAAUGUUAAUAGAAAUAUUUUACAUCUGGCAUGUUUAUCUGGUAUACUAGAAGCCGUAGAAUUUAUAUUACAACAAUGUAUUGAUAUACACAGUAGAGGAGGAGAUUAUAACAUGUCGCCUAUAUUAUUUUGCAGUCAAUCUAAAAUAGAACCUGUAGCUAAACUAAAACUGAUUCUUACUAAGGGGGGUAAUAUAGAUGAUAGAGAUAAUGUUAAUAGAAACAUUUUACACCUGUCAUGUUUAUAUAGUAUACUAGAAGCCGUAGAAUUUAUAUUAAAACAAGCUAUAGAUAUACACAGUAUAGGGCAGUGUAACAAGUCACCUAUAUUGUAUUGCAGUCAAUCUAAAAUAGAACCUGUAGCUAAACUAAAACUGAUUCUUACUAAGGGAGGUAAUAUAGAUGAUAAAGAUAAUGUUAAUAGAAAUAUUUUACAUCUGGCAUGUUUAUAUGGUAUACCAAAAGCAGUAGAAUUUAUAUUACAACAAUGUAUUGAUAUACACAGUAGAGGAGGAGAUUAUAACAUGUCGCCUAUAUUAUUUUGUAGUUCUUCGGAAAUAGAACCUGUAGCUAAACUAAAACUGAUUCUUACUAAGGGAGGUAAUAUAGAUGAUAAAGAUAAUGUUAAUAGAAAUAUUUUACAUCUGGCAUGUUUAUAUGGUAUACCAAAAGCAGUAGAAUUUAUAUUACAACAAUGUAUUGAUAUACACAGUAGAGGAGGAGAUUAUAACAUGUCGCCUAUAUUAUUUUGUAGUUCUUCGGAAAUAGAACCUGUAGCUAAACUAAAACUGAUUCUUACUAAGGGAGGUAAUAUAGAUGAUAAAGAUAAUGUUAAUAGAAAUAUUUUACAUCUGGCAUGUUUAUCUGGUAUACUAGAAACAGUAGAAUUUAUAUUACAACAACGUAUUGAUAUACACAGUAGAGGAGAUUAUAACAUGUCGCCUAUAUUAUUUUGUAGUUCAUCUAAAAUAGAACCUGUAGCUAAACUAAAACUGAUUCUUACUAAGGGGGGUAAUAUAGAUGAUAGAGAUAGUUAUAAUAAUAAUACAUUACACAGGGCAUGUUUAGAUGGUAAACUUGAAACUGUUGAAUAUCUGCUGGGAAUAGGUAUUGAUAUCAACAGUAAAAAUAAAAAUAAAAAAACACCUUUAGAUUAUUGUAAGCGUUCAUCUGUCCAAUCAGAAGAAAAGGUUAAAUUAUUACAAGCAAAAAAAAAAAAAAAAUAGUAUCUGUUAUAAAACUCUCUAUCACAACUUAUCACCAUCAUCUCAAUAAUGUAAUGGUAUCAGUUGUAAUACUAUAACUAUCAUCUCAAUAAUGUAAUGGUAUCAGUUGUAAUACUAUCACUAUCAUCUCAAUAAUGUAAUGGUAUCAGUUGUAAUACUAUCACUAUCAUCUCAAUAAUGUAAUGGUAUCAGUUGUAAUACUAUCACUAUCAUCUCAAUAAUGUAAUGGUAUCAGUUGUAAUACUAUCACUAUCAUCUCAAUAAUGUAAUGGUAUCAGUUGUAAUACUAUCACUAUCAUCUCAAUAAUGUAAUGGUAUCAGUUGUAAUACUAUCACUAUCAUCUCAAUAAUGUAAUGGUAUCAGUUGUAAUACUAUCACUAUCAUCUCAAUAAUGUAAUGGUAUCAGUCUUAAUACUAUCACUGCAAUCUCAAUAAUGAACUGGUAUCAAUUGUAAUACUAUCACUAUCAUCUCAAUGUUACCUACCAGAAUAAUAAAGCUGUAUCAAAUGUUCUCCAAUGAUAAAGCAGCAUUGUCCAAUAUUCAAACUUGGAUCUAUGUAGCAUAUUUUACAACAUGUAUAUGAAUAUUGUAAUUGUUUUAAUGAUACCUGUAUGUUCUAGUCUACUAGACAUUGUACUACAGCUUUAAUGUUACCUGUAUAUUCUAGUCUACUAUACAUGAUAAAUAUACAGUGUCUAGUGUUAUACAGCUAUAAUGUUACCUGUAUAUUCUAGUCUACUUACAGUUAUAAUUUAUAUAGUCGAGUGAAAUAAUGUUAACUGUCUAAUCAAGUCUACUAAAAUUAUAAUUUAUAUAGUCAGUAAAAUAAUGUUACCUGUCUAAUCUAGUCUACUAACAGUAGUCAGUAAAAUAAUGUGGUAGUCCCGUAAUGUGUGAACUUAAUUAUAUGGCUAAUUAAUCCAAUCUUGCCAUAUUAUUAUUCUAGCCUACGUAACUUUUAUAUUUUAUAUCAACAUUAUGUUAAUAAUUUGUACAAAUGUGUGAUGUUAAUUAUAUCACUGGAUAAUCUAGUCUAAUGACAUUAUUGUUCUAGUCUACUUCACUGAUAUAUUUUGUGAAGCUGUGGUGGCUCAAUGAGUAGGAUGUUGGCUCGCUAACCAGAUCUAUACAGAUCUAUAAAUAUGGGAGGUUGUGUCAGGGGACAUACGAGCGGUUUUUAACCCUACAACGACGUCAGACAUUGAUUAAUCAAUCAGCGUUGACAUUUCUAGGGGUUUGCACACAGUUCUGUGCAGAUGCCAAGAACUCGCUGCAACAGAACAUUUCAUUGGCUAAUUCCUCACGUCAACUUGAACAUAUGUAAUAUAACAACUCUUCACGAUCCUAGUUAAGUAAAGACAAAUAAAACGAAAUUUUGAACUAUAAAAAACGAAACGAAAUAGGAUCUGUGUUUGAAUCAGAUUGGGGUAAUCUUGUCUUGUCAUGUUAUUGUUCUAGUCUACUUAACCUAUAUAUAUAUAUUGUAUAAACAAGGGGGAUCACGUGGCUAAGUGGGUAAGACGCUGGCUCGGUAGCCUGGAGGUCGGGUGUUCGAUCCCUGCAUUGGCCGAGAAAGUUAAUCACGAUUUUCUGGCAUGGUUUCCCCUUGUCAGUGAUGCAGGACGGAGGGCCUGACAGGGGCCUAGUCGUUCGGAUGGGA